AUGAGUUCUUCCCCUCUCCCUCUCCUCCGCCCCGCCGUCCUCGUCGUCUCUGACACUGCCGCCGCCGGCCCAUCCACGGACAAGGCGUUCCCGAUUCUGAAGGAGACUUUCGCUCAAGAAGGCGGCGGAAAAUGGGCCGACCCCGUGGUGGAGAUAGUCAGAGAUGAUGUACUGGAGAUCCAGCGCGUCGUCCGCUCUUGGACUGACUAUGAGCCUGAGCCGUCGACCGAAUCAGCCCCAGGCCUGAUCAACCUGGUGGUCACAACGGGAGGAACGGGCUUCGCUCGACGAGAUUGUACUCCCGAGGCGAUCACGCCACUAAUCCAGCGUCACGCUCCCGGCAUCGUGCAUGGCAUGUUGGCCACCUCGUUCCAGGUCACGCCGUUCGCCCUUAUGUCCAGGCCGGUGGCAGGCGUGCGGAACAGAUCUGUCAUCAUCACACUGCCGGGAUCGCCCAAGGGCGCCAAAGAGAACCUCCAGGCCGUCUUGAAGUUGCUCCCUCACGCAUGUCUCCAGGCUGCCGGCGAAGACUCAAGAGCCGCACAUGCCGGCGGAGUCAAGAAGCUGGAGAAGGAUGCCGGCGUCUCUGCUUCUGCUUCUGCCGGUGCAACAUCGGCAACGGCAAUCUCGACCACGGGUGAUGGCCAUCGUCACGACCACUCCCACCACCACCAUCACGACCACGAGCACGACCACAGUCAUGGCCACAAAAUCCCCAAAGCCCACACCACGCCGUCGGACCGGCCACAGUCCAACGACCCCCGACUCGGCGCCACCGCCCGCGCACGCUCGUCUCCGUACCCGAUGCUCACCGUCUCCGAGGCCGUGACGAAGAUCCUCGAGCAGACUCCAGCACCGACGCCCGAACUGCGCGACCUCAGUCCCGACCUGACAGGCUACGUGAUAUCCGAGGACAUUCGAGCCGUGGAGGCGGUGCCGGCGUACCGGGCGAGCAUCGUCGACGGGUACGCGGUGAUUGUGCCCGACCCGACGAAGGGACCGACAUCUCCCACCGCCAGCAUCAAGGGUAUAUUUCCCGUGGCGUCUGUGUCCCACGCCCAAGCCGCAUCGCUCCCGCCGCCUCUCCAGCCGGGGGAGAUUGCCCGGAUCACGACAGGCGCCCCUCUCCCGGACAACGCCAAUGCGGUAGUGAUGGUGGAAGACACGGCGAUCGCGAGCGUGACGGCCGACGGAACUGAAGAAGCGAGCGUGGAGAUAUUGACGGACCAGCUGGCCGUGGGCGAAAACGUGCGCGAGCCCGGCAGCGACAUUGCGCUGGGCGAGCUGAUUCUCCGCCGCGGCACGCAGAUCAGCCCGCUGGGCGGGGAGAUCGGGGUUCUCGCGGCGGCUGGGGUGCGACGGGUGCCUGUCUACCGCAAGCCGCGGGUCGGGGUCAUGUCGACGGGCGACGAGGUGACGGACACCACGACGCACCCAGGCCCGCUGAGCGGCGGCAUGAUCCGCGACUCGAACCGGCCGGCGCUGCUGGCGCUGCUGCGCGGCUGGCGGCUGUGCGACGAAGUGGUCGACCUGGGGGUGGCGCGCGACACGCCGGCCACGGAACUCGAGGAGAAGCUGCGAGCCGGGGUGCGCGAGGCCGAGCUGGACGUCGUGCUGACCACCGGCGGCGUCAGCAUGGGCGAGCUCGACUUGCUGAAGCCGACGGUCGAGCGCGGCCUCGGUGGCCAGGUGCACUUCGGCCGCGUCAGCAUGAAGCCCGGCAAGCCCACCACCUUUGCCAGCCUGCCGGUCAAGGACAGCCGCAGCGGCCGCCGCCACCAGAAGCUGCUGUUCGGCCUGCCCGGCAACCCGGCCAGCGCCCUCGUCACCGCCAACCUGUUCGUCCUGCCGUGUCUGCAGAAGAUGGCCGGCUACCCCGACCCGUCGGGCCUGCAGCGCGUCAAGGUGCGCCUGCGCGCCCGUGUCCGCUGCGACAAGGCCCGCGUCGAGUACCAUCGCGUCGUGGUCGGGGUCGAUGUCGGCCUGGAUCCCGCCAAUGCCAAUGCCCAUGCCAAUGCCAAUGCCACCCUCGUCGCCACCAGCACCGGCUUCCAGAGGAGCAGUCGCGUCGGCAGCCUCGCCACCGCCAACGCCCUGCUGGAACUGCCGCAGCGCGACGGCUGGCUGGAGGCCGGCGCCGAGUGUGACGCUUUGAUGAUGGGCAUGCUUCUGGGUUAUUGA